AUGAUCGGUGAAGAGUCCACCCUGAGCUAUCACAGCAGGUGCAUUGCACACUUGAGAUCUGUGAGCGACGAGCCGGAUGCCAUCAUGGACGAGAACCUGUUAGCGGCGGUCGUCGCCUUGAGGUUCUUUGAAGAGCUAGAUAGUCCGUUCAUCGAUCUCCCCAAUGACAUUGCUGUCCGAGGACUUCAAGUGUUCCUUGAGGCCCAGGCGUCGUCGGCCAUCUCAUCACCAGGGCUACGUCAAGCUGUGUUCUGGACAGGCUUCCGCCAGGAGUUUCACAUGGCAUUCUCUCAACAACGUCCUUUCCGACUUCCCCUGGACACAUGUCAAAGGUAUCGACCCGAAGAAAAUUCGCCGGACUAUGUCUGGGUGAAUUACCUCCUAGUCAUAUGUGCACAAAUUGUCCAGUAUUGCUUCAACGAUCAGUACCAACGGAGCUACACCGGGUACGAAGACCUUGUGGAACGCCGAAACAGGUGGCUUCGCAGUUGCCCUUCUUCAUUUUCACCCGUAUACUUCGAACAGCCUGACCAUAACCGAGGCGAGCUAUUUCCCAAGAUGUGGUACCUAGAUGACUGUCAUAUCGUGGCAAUUCAAAGCAUCGGACUCACCAACAUCCUUCUGGCCGCGUACAGCCCGCACACCGCUCGCAUCGGACUCGCACAUCGACUCGCCAUGUCUCAUAUUGAUUCCACCAUUCGGUCCACAGUACGUGAAAUUUGCGGCAUCGCCUUAUCAAAUCGCCAGUCGCCGACAGCUCUUCUGACCGCUUCGAUCGCUAUCACAUCGUGCGGAGAACGGUUCACUGACCACCUAGAACAGCAGGCUUUGAUGCAAAUCCUGGCUGACAUGAGUCGAGAUUACAAUUACUGGCCAACGACGGCGAUGCAAGAGCGACUUCGAGAGGCCUGGGGAUGGAAAGAUGUAGUAGAAAAUGCACAUCAAUAUGAGGGCCAGUGA